UGUGUAUACAUAUAUAUAUAUAUAUAUAUAUAUAUAUAUAUACUAGCAUUUGUAUGUAAAGUAUUUAAUCUAUAGACAAUAAAACUAUACCUAAUUAUAACCAAGAAGUCUGGCCCCAAUACGACUCUGAUUUACAGACUUGAGCACAGACCACGGAGAAGUCUUCUGUGACCUAUUAUCACUGCCUUUAAAAUGAGUCGCUAUAACAAGAGAGAAGAGGAUUAUGAACAUGUUCACACACAUGAAUCAGCAUCUUUGUUUAAUCCCCAAGCUCUCAAUGUCUGAACAGUGGGCUUUGAUCCUGAAGUAAAGAGAUAUGUGACCAGAACAGUUAAACAGCAUCUGACCUUCAUCAGGCAGAGAGACCAGCACAAAAUCAACAUGAAGAUCAAAAAUGAGAUCUUAUUUGAAGGAAUCAAACUAGAAAGGAAUCAAACCUACCUAAACAGGAUCUACACACAGCUCUACAUCAUAGAGGGAAAGAGUAAAGGAGUGAAUGAAGAACAUGAGGUUUCACAGAUGGAGAAUACACCAAGAACACAACACUUACAAGACACUCCAGUCUACUGCAAUGACAUCUUUAAACCAUUUCCUGAACCAGAAUAUGUGAAGAAAGACAAAAUCAGAACUGUUCUUACUACAGGCAUUGCUGGAAUUGGAAAAACGGUCUCUGUGCAGAAGUUCAUUCUGGACUGGGCUGAUGGAAAAGCCAAUCAGGAUAUAGAUUUCAUGUUUGUGCUUCCAUUUCAAGAGCUGAACUUGAUUAAUUAUCACCAGUACAGUCUUCACAAGCUUCUGCUGGACUUUCACCCUGAACUUAAAGAUCUAGACUCAAAGAUUUAUGAGGAGUGUAAAGUUGUGUUUAUCUUUGACGGUCUGGAUGAAAGCAGAAUAUCACUGACAUUUUCAGAUAAUGAGAAAGUUUCUGAUGUUAGUGAGACUUCAUCAGUGGGCAUGUUAAUUUCAAACCUCAUGAAAGGAGAGCUGCUUCCUUCUGCUCACAUCUGGAUCACCUCCAGACCAGCAGCAGCCAGGAUUUGA